AUGGCUCUCGAAAUCAAGGUAUCCAUCAAGUUUCUCGAAUGGCAGGAGCUCUAUGAGAGGGAAAGACCGUUUCACAUCUUUGUCGACAUACCACCGGAGGCUGAUGAUCUACGCAGGAGUAACCUCGUCUUCGCACCCCACGAUGUAACUCUCUCCGACACUCGUCCAUUCAAGGACACGUAUCAGCUAAAUCAACACGGAUUCACAUACCGCGAUGUCACAGACCAAGUCCUCUCCUUCUCAGACUUUUCGGAUCAGUCCGAGGUGGAGAAACACUACCUCCCGAUGAUGGAAGACUUUCUACGUUGCCACGUGGAUGGAGUAGAUAAGGUCUUCUUUUUUGACUGGCGGCUUCGAAUGGCCAUGGGCUCAUAUACCAGCGACACGCUCGACCUGAGCGAUUUGACUCAAUGGCUCCUUCCAGUGGAUCAAGCCCAUAUCGAUCAGAGCCCAGUCGCAGUUGUCAACCGAGUCAUUCGACAACUGCCAGAGGAUGCCCAUGCACUACUGCAAGGACGAGUCCGUGUCAUCAACAUCUGGCGGCCGUUGUUCCACACCGUCGAGGAGUGUCCCCUGGCCGUCCGCGAUGGGAGCACCGUCGAGUCCCAAGAUAAGGUGGAGACGGAUCACGUCCGCCGACACUAUAUCGGUUCGACAAUAUUCUUGCAGCAUAAUACCCGACAGCAAUGGCACUGGCUGAGCAAUCAGUCACCGAAUGAGGCCAUCCUGAUGAAGAUGUUUGACUCCGAGACGCACCCUGCAAUAGACUGUCCACACUCUUCGUUUGAGUACCAGAGCUCGCCGAAUUGUCUGCCUAGGCAAAGCAUCGAGGUCAGGGCGCUUGUCUUUACAUUAAAGUCUGACUAG